UCUCCAGCUGGACGCGGGGCCCCAGAAUCCUGGCCACAGACUCAGAACUUUUACAGGUCGUGCUGUGGCUGAUACCCCCACCCCACUUCGCCCCCAAGUCCUCAGCGCAGCACAGGGCUUUAUCUUUGCCAUUGCAGGCAGGAGGAAUAGCAGUUGCAAGUGACAGCAGGUGCAGAAAGGCAGGGGUUCUCCUGCUUCCUGGAACUGUGACCCGUGGAAUUUCUUCCUCUUUUCCAGCCCAACGCAGGAGAGACGCUGUCUCCAGAUUGAAGAACUCAAAUGCUUCCUGAAGCUUGAAAGUGGGGGAAUUCAAAGCCACCGAGGGCAUGCCGCACAUUUAGAAGCUUUUAUUUCAGUGCCAAUUUCUUACUUGCAAGGAAAGAGUUCUGUCCAGAAACAACCUACAGCCUCCCGUCUUGGUUAAACAGGACUCUGACCCCGGGCGCCGUCUCAGGACCCUUCUGCAAAGGAUCUGUGUGUAUACAGAGAGGAGGGCUUAACCGCUUAGUAAAAGAAUGGAUAACGUCCUGCCGGUGGACUCAGACCUCUUCCCAAACAUCUCCACCAACAUAUCGGAGCCCAACCAGUUUGUGCAGCCAGCCUGGCAGAUUGUCCUUUGGGCUGCUGCCUACACAGUCAUCGUGGUGACUUCCGUGGUGGGCAACGUGGUGGUGAUGUGGAUCAUCUUGGCCCACAAGAGAAUGAGGACAGUUACAAACUAUUUCCUGGUGAACCUGGCCUUCGCAGAGGCCUCCAUGGCUGCCUUCAACACCGUGGUGAACUUCACCUAUGCUGUCCACAACGAGUGGUACUACGGCCUGUUCUACUGCAAAUUCCACAACUUCUUCCCCAUUGCUGCUGUCUUUGCCAGCAUUUACUCCAUGACGGCUGUGGCCUUGGAUAGGUACAUGGCCAUCAUUCACCCCCUCCAGCCCCGACUGUCAGCCACAGCCACCAAGGUGGUCAUCUGUGUCAUCUGGGUCCUGGCUCUCCUGCUGGCCUUCCCGCAGGGCUACUACUCAACCACGGAGACCAUGCCCAGCAGAGUGGUGUGCAUGAUCGAAUGGCCAGAUCACCCCGACAAGGUUUAUGAGAAAGUGUACCACAUCUGUGUGACCGUGCUGAUCUACUUCCUCCCCCUGCUGGUAAUAGGCUAUGCAUACACCGUAGUGGGAAUCACGCUGUGGGCCAGCGAGAUCCCUGGGGACUCCUCGGACCGUUACCAGGAGCAAGUCUCUGCCAAGCGCAAGGUGGUUAAGAUGAUGAUAGUCGUUGUAUGCACUUUUGCCAUCUGCUGGCUGCCCUUCCACGUCUUCUUCCUCCUGCCCUACAUCAAACCUGAUCUCUACCUGGAGAAGUUUAUUCAGCAAGUCUACCUGGCCAUCAUGUGGCUGGCCAUGAGCUCUACCAUGUACAACCCCAUCAUCUACUGCUGCCUCAAUGACAGGUUCCGUCAGGGCUUCAAGCAAGCCUUCCGAUGCUGCCCUUUUAUCAGUGCUGGUGAUUAUGAGGGGCUUGAAAUGAAAUCCACUCGGUACCUCCAGACCCAGGGCAGCGUGUACAAAGUCAGCCGCCUGGAGACCACUGUCUCCACUGUGGUGGGGGCCCAUGAGGAAGAGCUGGAGGAAGUCCCCAAGGCCAUGCCCUCAUCCCUGGACCAGACCUCCAAUGGCUCCUCUCGCAGCAACUCCAAGACCAUGACAGAGAGCUUCAGCUUCUACUCCAACACGCUCUCCUAGAUCACAGGGCCGUCAGUAGCUUGACCACCACGUCUUUGUCAUGCAUGAAUAAAUCCUCAAUAUAGAAACCAUAGGAAACAUCCUUGGGGCCUGUGAAAGGGUCAGAAUAGUUUAGGGAAAACAUUCCAUCCUGGAGUCAAAAGCCUGGAUUCUUCCAUGUCUUUGCCACCCAGAAGCCGUGUGACCUGAAACAAAUCAUCAAACUUCUCUGAGCCUGUAACAUGGGAAGGUUAGACUUGAUUUUCUCUACAGUCCAUUUCAUGAUCCUAGAAUUAACUUGAAUUGCAUGUGGGUGCUCAUUUCAAGGUGCAUCUUGCAGUGAAGCAACAGAUCCAAGGGAUCUGUUUGCCUGGAGCCCUGUCCUACAUCAAUAAAUUUGUUCUCAGUCUUGCUUAGAUUAUCUUCUUUUAGCUGGUGGCUCACACUGGCUCAGACUCUGCUUGAUAAAGUGAACAAAAGGAGGAACCACAUAAGAUACGAAUGAAAGAUUGAACCCUGUCUUCUAAGCACCCAUGAAAAGAAGGCAUACUUCUGCCCCUUCCUGACAUCUCAAAAUGUCAGUGCAUCAUGGGACUGAGAGCCUCAAGGUCAUCUGUACUAUGUCCCCAGCGAGUGUCCUGGGCAAUCAGUGCAGCUAGAAUAUGUCUACUGAUUCUAGCUAAUGUCUGUUAUGGAGCCAGAGUGAGAGCUGUGCCGUACUUACCUAUCUGAUCCUCUUUCCUUAUCUGUAAAACUGUGAGGCUGAAUUCUACUAUCAAGGUGUUCCUUGGAAUUUCAGCAUUCAGUGGCUCAAUGAUUUUAUGAGUUUUUUGUGUAUUUCACCAAAAAUUGGUAGUCACAGAAAGAAUAGGAGCAAGUUUACCGAUUUAACAUCCGGCGACUAGAGAUGUGGCGACUGCCAAGACCAUGUGUCAAUAUCCACACAUGACAUUCUCUGAUUUAUCCUAAAACCAUGAGUACUUUCCUUCUCCUGGAAGAUUUUGGUCUAUGACAGAGCAGAGGACUUCAUGUCAAAGCCUGCAUCUCCUCAUCAGGCUUUAGCAGGCUGAGACUCAGAGAUGGAGAAUGCCAUCAGGGAAGACAAAUGUGGGCCCUCUGCUCUGACCUUUGGGGUGUCUUAGGGCAGGGGCACUAAUCGAGUUUUAGCUUUAUACUAACACAAGGCAUACAAUACACUCAGAUGCCAAAUGACUGAGGAGGCUGCACCCUGCAACAACAAUUGUGGGAAGAGGCCACCUUGCAUCUUCCCUUUAGACUCUCUGAAUCUCCCCUUCCUGCUCCCUGGCUUUGCUGGUUUCCUGUCUAUAAGAGGUGGGAUGAUUGAUCAACCCUAUGGAACAGUCAGUUGACCAAGAGUCCUGAACUUAAAGCUUCAUGUCCUAACACAGUUUGGGGUUUUCCAGCAGGUAGGCAUGCAGUUUCUUUUUGUCUUCCAGAUCUGCACUUUGUCCAUUUGUGGCUGAAAGCAGAAACUUCAUGUAACUACCAUGAAUGCCUUCCUCAUUAUUUGAAGAAUGUAGGCAUAUGUUCUGCAUCCAUCAUUUUGAGGGAACAAUGCUGAGAAUAGACUUCACAGCCUUUACCAGCCAUGCUGGCUCUAACCCUACAGGGCAUUGGCAAACCAGGAGGAAUUUGUAUAGCAACAGUCUAAGCCAGAAAGACUUGACAACCAUAUUCUCCAAAGCAGCAUGAGAAGGAUUAAAUGAAGUAAAGCCAUCUCAAUGUAAAUAUGUGAUUAGAACACAUAAUUUUGGGGCAACAAAAGUCAGUGCCCAAAGUGUUAGUCAUACUUCUGAUAAAGAAUCAUGCCAUGUAUGGAUUAUUCACUUCAGAGGGAUUUAAGAACCAGCAUGAUUAUGAGAGGUACCCAAGAAAAAAGUGUUAAGGAAUAGGGGACAUCCUCUCCGUGGAAGAGGUUAGAGUUGAAUUCAGCAAGGAUUAUUAAGCACUUGCUCUAGACCUGACCUUGAGCUGGGGACACAUGGCUUCUUCUGUUCUUGAGGAGCCUGCCAGAUAAGCCAUUGCUAACCCCCCAGUCUUAGUGGGUCUAGGCUACCCAACAGGCAUGGAGGCAGCUGGGAAGCAGAUUCUCCAUAGGAUUCUAAAGACUUACAUUCAACAGAGGUAAUCGGGCCAAAGGCAAAUACCUUAAGAUAGGCUUUUGCAACAAGAGCUCUCUGAGAUAAUUCCAAAGGGAGCCACCAGUCAGUCCAGAGGACCUGAAGGGACGUGGUUAGACAGCAUCAUCACUGACAUAAUAAGACCGAGUGGGUCGGUUUCAAAUCUGGUGGAACGUUUCCUUUGAGAGAGCCCAGCAAGCCUUCCUCUGACCCACUCUCCAACCACCACUUAACUUAAAAAAUCGUUGUGACCUCCCGUGGCUGAGAAACACCAAGAUGUGCACUGUGCAUGGGUCUCAUUCUUACAGAAAUGUGUCACUCGGUAUUUAUCUCCUAAGUGUUUUUCCUUGAUGUACUAAUCAGUAGUAGUCAAAUGUAAGACAUCAUGGGGCCAUCUUUGUUAUGUUAUUUAUAAAAUGUGGGAUUUAGUUGCUGACAAUGUGCUAUUUAUAUUGUGCCAAUCCCUCCUCAUUCUUUCUCAGAGGGAAGCGGAGGUACGUCAUGGACUCCCAGUAGGGCUGUAGUAACUGAGGGGUGGGGAGGGAGACCUAUGUGGGAGGAACUGCGGGACGGGGUCCUCGUCCUCCUCACCUCCCACUGGAAUGCUAAGACAGUCCGGAAUGCCCUUUCUCUUGGAAGAACUGAAUGGAACCCUGGGAAAAGAGGGCUUGGGAGCUGACGUUGUUGACCUGGAUUUCAAGAAGAAUCAUGUAAAUAGAGAGGAGUAGUCCCUGAAGUUUCUGUGUUUUCUGUCCUGGGAUCCUGGAAAGAAUCUUCCUACAGAAAUAAAGUAUGUUUUUGACCACUUGAUGCCUCUGUCUCAUCUCCAGGGAAUCUAAGCACCCUACAAGAGGCUGAAUGAGAGUGGUACUACGAACCCUAAAAAACUGCAUGGGCAGAAGAAUGGAACCCAACACCCAGCAAACUCCUAACCCUGUGACAAAGUGGGUUGGCAAGAUGUGGGGGCUGUUUUCAGCUGGGGAUCUGUGAAAGUAAAAUGGGAUUGUGUGAAGUGGCCAACAAUGUUACCUAUGAGUAGAGCUGUCUCCGUUCAGAAUCCUCUCAGAAGCAGACAGCAAGAGACCUAUUGGGGGAACACUUGGGAAAGAUAAAGGGUAAAGAAGGUAGGCAGAGGGGGCCUUGAGACCCCUGUGCAGAUCUGACACCUGGGAAGA